AUGUCGUGUGCUCCUGAGGACUUGAGACUGAGCAGGCCUGGACUGUUGCAGGGACCCGUGUUGUUUGAGGACGUGUCUGUGGACUUCACCCAGAAGGAGUGGCAGCUUCUGGACCCUGCGCAGAGACGUCUGUACAGGGACGUGAUGCUGGAGAACUACAGGCACCUGGAGUCACUGGGACACUGUGUGACCAAACCUGAGCUGAUAUGCAGGUUGGAGCAAGGAGAAGAGCCGUGGAUACUAAAGAGGGAGGUGCCAAGUCACAGCCACGCUGCACCAAGCCAGCGUGAUGAUAGGAAGAGAGCCUUGGAGAGGAAAUCCCACCUCACUCUAACUCAGAGAGAGACCACCAGAGAGGAUACUGACAGAGGUGAUAAAUGUGAAAAAACCUCCCGCAGGAAGUCAGUGUACUCUCAACAUCAGAGAAUGACCUUGGAGAAGAAACCUCAUGAGAAUAAGAAAAGUGGAAGAGCCAUAAGUGGGAAGUCACACCUCACUGAAAACCGGAGCGGUCGCAAAGGAGAGAGGACUUACGACUGUGGUAAAUGUGGGGAAAGCUUCCGGAAGAAAUCGAGCCUUACUCAACAUCAGAGCACACACACAGGGAAAAAGCCCUACGAGUGCAGUGAAUGUGGGAAAUCCUUCUUUGUGAAGUCCAACCUCACUGAACAUCAGAGAACUCACACAGGAGAGAAGCCGUAUGAAUGCAGUGAAUGUGGGAAAUCCUUCUGCCAGAAAUCAGCCCUCACAGUGCAUCAGAGAACUCACACGGGAGAGAAGCCAUACAAAUGCAACGAGUGUGGGAAGACCUUCUGCGUGAAAUCCAACCUGACUCAACAUCAGAGGACCCACACUGGAGAGAAACCCUACAAGUGCAACGAAUGCUGGCGAUCUUUCUGUGUGAAAUCCAACCUUGUAGUGCAUCAGAGAACUCAUACAGGAGAAAAGCCCUACAGAUGCCCUGAGUGUGGGAAAACCUUCUAUGAAAAGUCAGCCCUCACAAAGCAUCAGAGAAUCCACACAGGGGAAAAACCCUAUGAAUGCAACGAAUGUAGAAAAACCUUCAGCCAGAGGUCAGCCCUCACCAAACAUCAAAGGAAAACACACAAGAAGAAAACUCCUAUCAACACCCUCCAUGUGGAGAAACCAACAGUCACAAGCCAAACUCAUAGAACAUCAGUAGGAUCUGAAGGCAAAACCCCGACACAACAACAUGAGUAG